AUGUCAUUUUUAACCGCAUCUGACGAUACAAUGACAUUUGACUUAUGGCCUGAGCCGAUGAAGAAAGAAGUUCGGAGAAUGCAAGGCAACGACCAAUUCGAUUCAUGGGAGCUGUUCCCCUAUUCGUUACAGACUCUAGCAAAAUGGGCUGACGUAUAUCAGGAUCGCGCGCGACCAGAUAAAUCGAGAGACCGCAUUCUCAUCUACAAAAACUUAUUGGACGCCAAACCAGGGGAAGUGUAUCCUGUGGCUAUUCAUCUACAAGGUCUUUUACGACAAUUUCAUAUUGAUAGAUUCGGAAAUUGGUCCGGUCAUGAAUCCGAGGUCACGCGUGCAGUGCAAUAUGUCAACAUUUCGUCAGGAGGACACUCAGAUGCCUGGCAGGCGACAAUCCGCGCACUUAAUCUCGCUUGUGAUUAUGUCAGCCGAAGGUUACAUUUAACAAUGCAAGAGAUACCUAAUUACAAAAGUGCGCAUUUACUAAAGAAACGUGAAUUGACAAUGCGAGAACAGCGCGAUAAACCACAAAAAUGCAAAGAAGCUGUGCUCACAGAAGCGCAGGAUCCGGAAGGAAAAUAUAAACAUGUUCAAGACCUUUGGAACGUGGCGUGUCCGUUGAUGACUGCCAACUUGACAGGAUCGGGAAAAAUACUUCCAAUGGAUUCUGUUCUCUUAUCAGAAGGAGAUUUCGUAGAUGUUGGGGCAGAACUGGACUUCGUCAUCAUGACGAAAACGAAAAACGAUUCGCCGCCUGACCACGACAACAAUGUCGACACGCGACCGCACAAAAGGACAAGGCUAUCAAACGCAGGGGAUGUCGAAAACGACGUUGCCACUUCGAAGGAUGUCGCUACCAAUCAGAAUACCGAUAAAACAAACGAAGCGGACGUUACAUCAAUUGUCCGCGAGACUGGUACAGCUGAGAGUUCAACUACAACCACCAAGCGAGGAACAGGGACUAGUCAACCUACUCAAACCGUGCGCUCGGUGCUUCCAAACCCCACAAAGUGUUUGAUGGAAGAUACCGAAGUAUCAGAGUACGAUGACGCAUUGAUUGACCGGCUACGCAAACUGUCGGAAUACACCAAUUCGACUGCUAACGUAUAUGUGUUAGGCAAAUUACUGCCAACAGCCACAUGGGGACAAUACAAACCGGUAAAUGAUCGCAGUAAAAUCUUAUGCAAUCCUGCGAACGGAGAACCGUUAACUAUCUGGGUUGUCGGAAAGAUCUCCAAGAUGUGGUUUACGAAAUUUGGUAAUCCAGAGAGACAGGCUUCGAUAACGAUUAUGCCGCUCUCUAAAACAUUGGCGCAGCAAAGCGCAUUGUUGGUAGCCAAGAUGUCGAGCCCUGCAUUGAGCGUUAAUCAACAGGCAACACAAGUCAUUCGAGCAAUCAAGUGGCAAUAUGCCAAGAAUAGCGAUGCCGGUUCAGAAGCUAUGCUAUUCGAUUCGGUCUACGAUGCCAGAGCUGAAGGUUCUUUAAAGACGUACAGUGAACGGCUUUUGUGGAAUCUCGCAGAUCUCAAACCUGGAGAUUUAAUACUCCUGGAGAUGAAGAUGACGAAGUAUUCUAAGAAGCAAGAAGAUAAAUGGCACUCACGUGCACAGUAUGAGAUGAUUGCUAUCUCGCUCUUGGAUGUCGGAGAAAUGCCUGAGGAAGACACUCAAGUAACUCAGGAUGAUCAUGGGAUCCCCACGUUCCAUGUCGACACCGCGGCAGAUCUCUUGACGGGAAUGGCAUCGGCACCACAAAUUCCAGAAACAUGUACGGUUUCUUGCUUAUCCGCAGACUUGAUCAACAGACCAAUCGAACUCGAAAACACGAUCGAAAGUGUUGCCAACGACAUCACGGUCUACGCCACGUUUUGCGAGUCCGUGAAAGUCAUUAGUACGAUUGUUUUGCACGUUCUGAUUGGAUUACUCAAAACAAACAUCCAGCAAACGUACGUCCUGGUUGUCAUGAAAGACCCAUAUCGUGAAGAAUAUGGUCCCUUCCAAGGCUCCCAAAAAGCGCAUAUGAAAUGA